AUCGGAUUGAUCUGAUUAUAUAUUUCUAUAUAUAAACUGGAUCCUUUUGUCAUUUGCUGUGGAUUUGUGCAAUUUAGGUAAACUGAAUUGAACAGAAUAAUUGUCGUUAUUGUACUGAAGAUGCUCUUAUUUUGAAGGGUCUGGCCGGAAGCAGUGUGUGUCUCCCAGCUUUACAAGUUCAGCGGCUCGAAGGAGAGAAAGAUCAGCUGCUGACGGGAGAGGAAGGACUUCAACCCAACAAGGACCAACCACAAAAACCCAGCGAGAACUCGACCGAACCGAACCACAACAGAGACCCAAUUGUGUUCGGAACUUUAGAUCACAGCUGCUUUUAUCUUUGGAUCCUCGGCAGGGACGUACUGGAAUGGGUCGGCCGAGGAAGAAACCCUCCUCUGGGUGUUCGGAGUAAAGCUGUCCGGGUGGAGACGACCUCAGGACGGAAGAGAGGAGACAGAGGAAGAGGAAGGAAGUUCUGAAGAGGAAGAGGAAGGAAGUUCUGAAAAGGACAAAUCAGUUCUGAAAGGGAGGAGAUGAAGAUGAGAGGAGGAGGAGCGGAGCUGCUGGAGCUCUGCGGGAUUCUGCUGCUGCUGAGCGGAAAGUGUCACUGCGGAGGCUCUCAGCAGACGGAGCAUCUCUCCUCGUACCAGUUGACUGUCCCUCAACCAAUAGGAGGCAGGCUGAGGAGGGACGCUGAUGGAAGACCACCCAAUCAGGUUUCCUUUAUCAUCCCUGUGGAUGGAGACGAUCUGCUCGUUCACCUGGAGAGAAAUGAGCUCCUGCUGCCGCCAGACUUCACCGUCUUCACCUACAGUCCGAACGGAUCCCUGAUCACAUCCGGACCACCUGUGCAGGACCAUUGUCACUAUCAGGGCUUCGUUCAGAACAUGGAGGGUUCUGCUGUGGCUAUGAGCAUCUGCAGCGGCCUCAGAGGAGUGUUGCAUCUGACCCACGACAGCUACGGGAUCGAGCCACUAGACUCCGCCCCCAAGCAGCACCUGCUGUACCGCCUACAGGAUGUGAUGUCACAGCCCAGAGGAUGUGGAACGCCUCACUAUGAGCAUGAGUACAGCAACGCUACGGAGCAUGCUCAGUACGAACCACAGGAGGUCCACCACAGACAGCACAGCAGGAUAAGGAGAGCAGUUCUCCAUAAGACUCACUAUGUGGAGCUGCUGCUGGUGGUCGACAAUGACAGAUAUAAACACAUGAAUGCAAAUGAGACGGCGGUCACAGAGGAGAUGGUCCACCUGGCUAACUUCAUAGACACUAUCUACAUGCAGCUGAAUAUUCGGGUGGUCCUAGUCGGUCUGGAGAUUUGGACCACGCAGAAUCUAAUCAGCACAGAGGGAGGAGCCGGGGAGGUGCUGAGCCGUUUCACGCAGUGGAGGGAGAAGGACCUGGUUCCUCGGCGCCGACACGACUCGGCUCAGCUCAUCCUAAAGAAGAACUUUGGAGUAACAGCAGGAAUGGCGUUUGUCUCCACCGUCUGCUCCAGAAGUCAUGGAGGAGGAAUCAACGCGUUCCUCAACAACAACAUUCCCGCGUUCGCCUCCAUUGUGGCCCAUGAACUCGGACACAACCUCGGGAUGAACCACGACGACGGACGCUCCUGCACCUGCCCCGUCUCCGCCUGCAUCAUGCACUCUGGAGCCACAGGAUCAAAAAACUUCAGCAGCUGCAGCGCCGAAGACUUUGAGAAGAUGAUCCUCUCGACAGGAGGGACGUGUCUCCUGAACGUCCCUCGGCCCGAUGAUGCCUACAGCGCCCCCUUCUGUGGAAACAGGCUGGUGGACGUCGGAGAGGAGUGUGACUGUGGAUCAGAGAAGGAGUGUGAGGAGGACCUCUGCUGUGAAUAUCAGACCUGCAAACUGAAGGCUGGAGCUCAGUGUGCGUAUGGAGAGUGCUGCUCCAACUGUCAGUUCCUGCCAGGGGGAACGGUGUGUCGCUCCAGGAAAGACGAGUGUGAUCUACCAGAGUACUGCAACGGCUCCACCUCCUUCUGUCAGAGCGACGUCUUCGUCCAGAAUGGACAUCCUUGCAGGAACCAGCAGGCCUACUGUUACAACGGAAGGUGUCAGCACCAUGAUGGACAGUGCCAAGCACUGUUUGGAGCCAAGGCCACGGCUGCUCCUGAGAUCUGCUUCAAAGACGUGAACAGCAAAGGAGACCGCUUCGGGAACUGUGGGUACCAACACAGUGGCUACAAGAAGUGUGAGAGCAGAAACGCUCUCUGCGGGAAACUGCAGUGCUUGAACGUUGAGGAGGGGACUGUUUUCGGCAUCCAGCCGUCGAUCAUUACCACUCCGAUUCACGGAGCCAAGUGUUUUGGAGUCGAUUUCAUGCUGGGCUCAGACGUUCCUGACCCGGGAAUGGUGAAUGAAGGAACCAAGUGUGGAGACAAUAAGGUGUGCAUGAACUUUGAGUGUCGCAACGCGGACGUCCUGAACUAUGACUGUGAUGUGGAGAAUAAGUGCCACAGACAUGGGAUAAGGACACGUCUCUCAGGGAUGGCCUUCUCGUCUUCUUCUUCCUCGUUCUUCCUCUGCUUGCUCUGGGAGCGUUUGUUUUCCUGCGCCGAAAUGAGCUGCUGCGACGACUCGGACAGAGCCGCAGGAAGAGGUCACAAGGAUACCAGGCUGAUGGAGCAGCUUCGACCAAUCCCAGUAGAGCACCUCCUCCCAGAGCCCAGCCCCCAGCUGUUAAUCGCGGCAACGCAAACGGCAUCGUCAGAGAUGGAGUGGUGGAGACCAACAGGACUGCUCCGUCCUUCGCUGCAAAGCCUCCUCCUCCUCCUCUAAAACCGAAACCUUCUGCUGCAUCUCGGCCUCUGGUGCCUCAAAGACCCGCUCCUGCUCCUCCUGUUUAACCAAUCAAAGGGCUUCCUCUUUACACCCACCCUCUUCCUCUUCUCCUCGGCCUCUUCCUCCUGAACAUCAGUCCGCUCUCUCAGCGCUGGUUCCUUAGAAACAUCCAGGGAAGCGUCUGUGAGCAGAGAUGGUGACCAGCAGACCUGGAGGUCUGUGGGUCAGUCCUGAACUGGACUAGACCAAGAGGUCGGAUGGGGGGGGGCAGCGGGACUGAACCGAAGCAGCUGCUAUUUUUCAUUUCUCCUCCUCUCUGUCAGGUGAUUUCAGCUGUAACCAAACCAGCCAAUCAGAGUGCAGAGCCACUACAUAAUAUACCAGAUAACCUCCUAAAGUGGAUGCAUGAGCAGUUCAUGUUCCUGCAGUGGAAAUAACCUCUUAAAAUAUCAGCGUAAGACUUUAUUGGCUGCUUAAAAGCGGCACCGUACCUGGGAAAUGACACUGUGUUGGAUAGUUCACUCACUAACUACACUGCGUUCAUCGUAUCGAGUAGUGAAUAGGAUUUUACAUUCAAAUUCUACUGGAGCGUUUACCUAUGGUCCCAGUAUACCCAGUUAGAUGUUGCAUACAGUGCCUUGCUAAAGUAUUCGGCCCCUUGAACUUUUCAACAUCUUGCCACAUUUCAAGCUUCAAACAUAAAGAUGUAAAAUUCU